CUCUAAAAAAGACUGCACGAGAAGGCCUUCUUCUCCUUCUACUACUGUUGCUUCGCCGCGCCCGAGCCACCGCCAUGGCUGAGGAGGACGACAGAGGCGCCGUGGCCUCGGAUGACCUCGCCCAGUUCCGGUCGCUGGUGCAUGCCGCGGACCGGAAGUUCGCCCGCGUCCGCGACCUGCCUCCCUGGGCCCGCGGGCCCCUACACGUCCUUCACUGCCGCAAGGCCUUCAAGGCCUAUACCCGACUCUGGCAGUUCCAGCAGCAGCGCCGUCGCGAGUUGCUCGCCGGUGGCCUCCGUCGAUGGGAGAUCGGCGACAUCGCCUCCCGGAUUGGGCAGCUCUACUACGGCCAGUAUCAGUGGACCAGCGAGGUCCGCUUCCUCCUAGAGGCCUACGUCUUCUACGAGGCGAUCGUGAGCAGAGGGUACUUCGAGGCGGCGAGGGCGGCUUCGGCGCCCGAUCUCAAGCUAAGGUACAAGGAGCUGAGGUUCUACGUGCGGUUCCUUAUCGUGGCGUUGCUGUUGAAUCGGACUGAUGAGGUCAGGCAGCUCGCCGACCGGUUUAGGGCUCUGGUGGAGGAGUCAAAGGCCGCCUUCCCGGCGACAAACUUUAAAGAAUGGAAGCAAGUGGCACAAGAAAUAUCCAGGUUUCUGAAAGCUGAUGCAUCUUCAAAAAUUUCCAGGCCUUUGAGGUACAAUGUCAUGUUUGAUGCCCAUCCAUCUUCCGUGCCGCAUAUUGCAAGAUUUCAUGCAAAUAGAGUGUUGAGACUGCAAGAUGCUUUGCUGACAAGCUAUUGCCGAAAUGAGAUUAAGCUUGCAGAACUUACUCUGGACACUUUCAGAAUGCUACAAUGUUUGGAAUGGGAACCCAGUGGAUCCUCCUAUCAACUUCCUAAAAAAGAAUCGUGUGAAAAUGGUGCUUUUAGCGAUCAGAGUGGAACAUCUGGAUUGAUUGAUAUAAAUCUUGCUGCUGAUCUGAUGGAUCCAGAUUUGCCUCCAAACCCACGGAAAGCAGUUAUUUAUCACCCUUCCGUCUCACAUUUGCUUGCGGUAACUGCUACAAUAUGUGAAGAAUUGUCUUCAGACAGCAUUUUGCUAGUCUAUAUAUCAGCUUCAGGAAAGACAGACUGUAGUGUUGCUUCUCAAAAUGAUUUUCAUGGAAAGUCGUCAAAUUCCUCAAAAGCAAAUCAUGCUUCUCGGAAAAAGGACAGCUCACUGUCUCAACCUGCCGCUGAUGAUACACUAAAUUCAAAUACAAAUUUAAGGAGUUAUGUAUGCCUAGGUUCUCAAGGAACUGGAGGUUCAAACCUCUAUCCUGAAGAUUUGGUUCCAUUUACAAGAAAACCACUUUUCCUUAUUAUUGACAGCGAAAAUAGCCAAGCAUUCAAGACUAUACAUGGUGCAGAAAGAGGAGAAACAUCUGCAUUGCUUCUUUCACAUGAGAAACUGUUAUCAGUAUCUGAUACUGGUCUGACAUCUAGUGGAAGCCAGUUUACUUAUUUCCUAACUGCCCCAUUACAGGCCUUUUACCAGUUAGUAGGCCUUUCUUCUGAUGUGGAAGACGAUGCAUACAGCAAUGCUGAGAGCCUGCUUUCUUCUGCUUUAGCUGAAUGGGAAGUUGCACUCUGUACAUCUUAUUCUCUUGAUCAGGUUUGGGCUCAAGUCUUAAGUGAUCCAUUUCUACGACGACUGAUUCUAAGGUUUAUAUUCUGCCGAGCUGUGAUUUCUCUCUUUUGUUCUUCUGGGGACAGUGCUGGCCAUCUACCUGAAUGCCUUCCUAACCUUCCUGAGUCCCUCUCUCCAGAGUCUGCUGUAACACAGAUCUAUAUCCAUCACCUCGCAGAAAGAUUAGGUGUCUCGAACCUUUUCCAAUUUCGAGAUUCCAUCAGGGAUUCUCUCCUGAGCAGAUAACUAGAAGAAUAAUGUAUAAUUUUCUGUAGAUAAAACCAUAGUAGACAGCACCCAACCAUUUGUUGAUUAUUUUGUGUUGAUACGCGGGAUCACAAACUCCUAUGUGGACUACAUAUUUGAGUGGAUCAACCAGAAAAUUUCUGGAAAUGUAUGAGGCUGCAGGUCAUUUUAGAUACCUUUAGAGAGGUUGUAAGAUAGUUUGGCAUGUGUCAGCUUCUUGGCAGUGUAACAUCACACUUGUUAUUGUCUUAUAACAUUGCAUACGGUCGAGGGUUCUUUGUAUUGUAUAACUAGUGAUCCAUGAAGAGUUGAUUUUUCAUCUUCUAAAGUGAUUCAUUUGUGAUCACCUAAUAUAAUGAUCUGAACAUGCUUCGACAA